AUGUCACCCACCAUCGAGUCGCGAGUCUCGCCUCGUCGGCGAUAACUGAUGGAGUAAGAUGGUUGCUCGCGGCCGGUAGUGCGUUGCGUUCCCGAGACUUUUCCGAAACGUUAAUUAUAAUAAUAAGGGACGAGGCUUCAAUUCCGCCGUAGUCUCGUCGCAUCGUCGUCCUCGAAGCAUGGCGCAUCAAAUGCUCUCGUCGGCCAGCAAACUCGAAAGACUGAUUCUCAGGUCCACUCAGAAAGGUUAUUUCGACACGCUUCAGUUGAAGCGACACUUAACUUUGCUUAAAAAUGGUACAUCGUUAUCCAUGUUUGAGCAGUUGCAACAGAAAUUAAGAUUAUUUUGUAAACAGCCACCUAAAGGAUUUGAAAAGUUUUUCAAACCAGGUGGAGCCAAAAAUGCAGAAAAUGUUGCUAAGAAGGCAGAGGAAGCAUCGAGUAAAAAAACUAGUACACAGAAACCUUCUUCAUCUACCUCUAGCUCGUCAUCCAGUUCCAAAGAUUCUGGUUUCCAGUGGCCAUUUAAGAUUUCCAGCGACAGUUCACAGCGAGCAGGUAAAUCGUUCGAAGGUGGUGACAAGGAUAGGACAUUCAUGAUUCUGGGCGCACUUGGAACAACUGGUCUGAUUGCAUAUAUACUUGCCCAGGAUUUCAAUCAGAAGGAGAUCACAUGGAGGGAAUUUACAUACAAUUAUUUAAGUAAAGGUAUUGUCGACAAAUUAGAAGUGGUAAAUAAAAAGUGGGUGCGUGUAAAACUUCUACCUGGACAUACUGUUGAUGGUUCUGAUAUAUUGUGGUUCAAUAUUGGAAGUACUGAUACUUUUGAAAGAAAUCUGGAAAAUGCACAAAUAGAAUUAAACAUAGGACCGGAGAAUUAUAUUCCUGUGGUUUAUAAAAAUGAAUUGGAAGGAUCGACUCUAUUGUCAUAUCUACCACAGAUUCUUAUGUGGGGACUGCUCCUUUACUUAAUACGAAGAUCUGCGGAAGCAAUGACUGGUAAAGGUGGUAAAAGAGGUGGACUUUUUGGCACAGUAAUGGAAUCGACAGCAAAAUUAAUAAAUUCGAAAGAUAUUGGUGUACGAUUUAAAGAUGUAGCUGGUUGUGAAGAAGCUAAGAUUGAAAUUAUGGAGUUUGUAAAUUUCUUGAAGAACCCGCAGCAAUAUAUAGAUCUCGGGGCUAAGAUUCCAAAAGGCGCUAUGUUAACAGGGCCACCUGGUACUGGUAAAACUUUAUUAGCCAAAGCUACGGCCGGUGAAGCGAACGUACCUUUCAUUACGGUAUCCGGUUCGGAAUUCUUGGAAAUGUUUGUGGGUGUCGGUCCAUCAAGAGUGCGCGAUAUGUUCUCUAUGGCGCGAAAACAUGCACCUUGUAUAUUAUUUAUCGAUGAGAUCGAUGCGGUAGGACGGAAGAGAGGAGGUCGGAACUUUGCGGGACAUUCUGAGCAAGAAAAUACAUUGAAUCAACUCUUGGUAGAAAUGGAUGGAUUUAACACGACGACCAACGUGGUGGUGUUGGCGGCAACUAAUAGGGUAGACAUUUUAGAUAAGGCGUUACUUAGACCUGGAAGAUUCGAUAGACAAAUAUUUGUACCUGCGCCCGAUAUCAAAGGACGAGCGUCCAUUUUCAAAGUGCAUUUAGCUCCUUUGAAAACUAUACUGGACAAGGAUCAGUUAGCGCGAAAGAUGGCUUCUUUGACUCCUGGCUUUACAGGAGCUGAUAUCGCGAACGUUUGCAAUGAAGCGGCCCUGAUCGCGGCAAGAGAUUUGAAUGAUGAUAUUCAGCUUAAAAACUUUGAACAAGCUAUCGAGAGGGUAGUUGCCGGCAUGGAAAAGAAGACCAAUGUGUUGCAACCUGAGGAGAAGAAGACAGUCGCGUAUCACGAAGCUGGUCAUGCGGUAGCCGGCUGGUUCUUAGAGUAUGCGGAUCCGCUUCUGAAGGUGUCGAUUAUCCCGCGCGGUAAAGGAUUAGGAUAUGCCCAGUAUUUGCCACGUGAACAAUAUCUUUACACGAAGGAACAGUUAUUCGAUCGGAUGUGUAUGACGCUCGGAGGACGAGUAUCGGAAGAAAUCUUUUUCGGCCGCAUAACCACAGGCGCUCAGGACGAUUUGCAAAAGAUUACAGAAAUUGCAUAUGCGCAAAUUACGCAAUAUGGUAUGAACGAGAAGGUCGGGAAUGUCAGCUUUCAAAUGCCGAAGCCAGGAGACAUGGCUCUGGACAAACCAUAUUCCGAAUAUACUGCGCAACUUAUCGACAAUGAGGUCCGAGAUUUGAUCGACAGGGCGCAUAAACGAACGCGAGCCCUUCUGAACGAGCACAAACAAAAUGUAAUCAAGGUCGCCGAGAGAUUAUUGAAGCAGGAGAUUUUAAGUAGGGACGACAUGAUCGAAUUACUUGGUGCUCGUCCAUUCCGCGAGAAAUCCACUUACGAAGAAUUCGUCGAAGGCACUGGCUCUUUCGAAGAGGACACUUCGUUACCGGAAGGAUUGAAGGAAUGGAACAAGCCUAGGGAAGAAUCCUCCGAGGAUGGUGACAAGAAGGACAAAACGGCGGAGUCUGGCGAGUCGCAGACGCAACCUUCUAAAGCAGCCUCCAGUGAUAAACAGCCGCAGCAACGACUAUAACCUGUAACAUUUUAGUCUCGCAACUUUGUAUAAUAGUUCGAAAUACACAAUCAUAACAAUAUAAGUGAAGAUGUUCAACAGUAUAUUCAGCUGCAUCAACUGUUGUAACCGCUGUACACGAUAAGGUCGUCAGUUUUUAACGCGACGUUCCUGUGAUGUGUAGUUCUUGUAAAUUAAAUUUAAAUUGCUUUCUA